GAUGGGGAGAGCGUGCGGCUAGACGUGACUCGAGCGCGAAGCCACACGAGGACAAGAUGGAGCGCUGGUCGGGUCGCGUGGCGGUGGUGACUGGCGCCAGCUCGGGUAUCGGCCACGCCGUGGCCCGGGAGCUGGUGAAGAAGGGGCUGAAGGUGGUGGGGCUGGCUCGCCGGGCCGACAGGAUAGAGGAGCUUGCCUCCAGCCUGAAGGAUUCUCUAGGGAAGCUGUACGCGGUGAAGACUGAUCUCUCCAAAGAGGAGGACAUACUGUCUGCCUUCAAGUGGGUGAAGGAGAACUUGGGAGGGGUGGAUGUGCUGGUCAACAACGCUGGAGUUUUGAACUGGUCCAAACUGUCUGAGGGAAAGACCGCAGACUGGAAGCAAAUGCUGGACUUGAACGUUCUCGGUCUCAGCAUCUGUACCAGGGAGGCGAUACAGUCCAUGAAGGAGCGAGGUGUGGACGAUGGACACAUCAUACACGUUAAUAGUGUGGCAGGGCACACGGUAUCCGACUACGAAGGGCUGUACAUGUACACUGGCACCAAGCAUGCAGUAACAGCUCUGACUGAAGGACUCAGGAAGGAACUGACCCAGCUCAAGUCCAACAUCAGGAUAACGAGCGUCAGCCCAGGUGCCGUGAGGACAGACAUGAUAACUGGGAUUGGUGUCCCAGAAGAGGAUCUCAAGAAUAUGCCUAUGCUGGAGCCGGAAGACAUCGCAGAUGCUGUCCUCUACACCCUGUCAACUCCUCCUCGGGUGCAGGUACAUGAGAUUACCAUUCAUCCAACAGGAGAAAAGGCGUGAAUUUCUGCAGAUCAAGAUAAAGCUAAUGUAUUUUUAAACUGAUGUAAUUGGUUGGUGCCUUUCGUGCAAAAUAUGUUAUACAAUACUAAAACACAGACUGUAAUUUUGAAAAUUAUUAUGUAAUGUGUCUUUAAAACUACACCAAAUAUUUUUUUUAGAAUAUUAAACUUUUAUUUAAUUUAUA